UAAUGGAAUCAAGAAUAUCCAAGAUUAAAGAAAAAUUAGAUUUGCCAGAAAAAAGUCAAUUUAUGGUAGACAACGUUGUUGAUGCUUUAAAAAGUCUAUCAUUAUUAGAAGAUCCAAAUCAAACAACAACUAAUUUAAUAAAGCCACCAAAAACUGGUUCAUUAUCACCACUUGAUACGUUUUGUAUAUUGCUUCAGGAUAAACUUAAAUAUAAUCCUG